AUGAAAACCUCAAAAUUUCAAAGGUGGCUUCGAUAUAUUGGUGUUUCAUGGGGCAAUCAAAGCUUCAUAACAACACCGAUUGAUGUUUUGCGAAUAGUGCUGACUUUACUUAAAAUGCCAUCAGCAAACAACAAAGGCAGAACAAUCCCCAUUGCUUCUCUAGCAUCUGAUACUUCGUCUCCUUUAUGUCAUCGAUCCAUGGCACGGAAUGCUGUUAUCCAUAUUUUCUUCAAAUGCUUUUCGACUUGGGAUGGAAAUCGUAGAGGUGCCUUGGUCGAUAACUUGGUUGCCAAAACACAGGCUUCGAAAGAUGAUCGUGGCAUACAGUUUGCAUAUGAUGGAAAGAGAAGAAGAGAAAUCGAGGAUGAGGAUGAGUUCCAGCUUUAUCUGGAAAGCUUAAAGCCAGAUGAGAAGAAAUAG